CCUCGACGAGCCAGCGGGAGGUGGGAGGUCCUGUUGCGCACACAGUCACUCUCGAUGUAAACAAACCCUUUAUUUCAUGUCCCAGGUCGCGAGAUGACAACUACAGAUGAAACAGUGCCUUCAGAUGAGGAAGGGGUAGAGGCCCUCGAAGCUGAACAUGUCUACAUCUUAAUGAAAAAAGAGUAUCGAAUAUCCCGAAAUGUUCGUGCCGAGUGGUAUUUGCAGCGAAUAAAUUCUGUGAUAACAGUGCCAAGAAGGGAGAAAUUAAGUGACUGUGAGGAGGAGCUUGAAGUUGUAUCCGUGAUUCCUUUGGAUGUGCCCCGAGAAUGGGACUACGACACAUCACAUUUGUACAAGUACCGCAUCACUCAACGAACUACCCUGCACUUCCUCUCAAGAAAAUACAGACUUGUAUUCUGCCUGGAUCUCUCUCCAUCCACAUCAAUUGUGGAUGUGACGAAGGGUAGUGUUGUUCUGGAUGAAGUGUUUUCCACCUUGAAGCAAUGUCUGAAGGGCAUUGUGCGACCAUUUUAUGUACCAGGAAGUCAGUUACUGUUCCAGCCGAAAGUUUACUUGACCAUCAUCGCACACACUCCAUUUUUUAAGUCCCAGUCACAGCAGGUUCUGGUGCAGGGUUGGCUUUUGAUGCUACACAACCUAGAUGCCUUCCUUGACAGCAUACAUGCAAAACUCACGAUGCUGGAAUCGCAGCUGGCUGAGGCCACUGCACAGACAUAUGACCAAAUGGAUAUUGCUCGGGAUAGGUCCCAGCUGGCAAGAGAAAAGGUCACAGGGAUGCUUUUUGAUGAGACUGUUGACUUGGGCCCCACAACAGUCACUAACCCCAUGGUAUCACCUGACAUUGGUUUCGUCAACAUGCUGCGAUAUGGUAUUGUUGCUCUCCAACUGCUACCAGAGAACAGUAGUGCAGGUAUUGUUGUGAUCACAGACGGUGUGAUUAGCCUACCAGAUGCAACCAUGUUCGACAUCCUACUAGUCCAGUUGAGAAACCAGACGAUUGCAUGCAGUUUUCUCCAGCUUGGUUCUGUCUACCAUCCUCAGGCAUCUCUAGGAUAUGUGCCUUUCUCCGACCUUAUGCACUUCCUGGCAACGGCGACUUGUGGUGCUUACUUGGAUACCCUGCCUCCAAUUGAAGAGGAUUAUGUGUACCAUAUGAAUGACUACCACAAGGCAUUAUUAUCAUGGGGCUUCCAGAAGUUCAUGAAUGGACUCUCACCUGAUAAUGGAUAUUAUGGAAACAAUAGGUUUUUCAAUUUGCAACCAAUAGCUCAGGAGGCAACAGAACUCAUCAGGAAGAAAGAAAGAGACACGCAGUUGAACACAUCCCUCAAUGCUGUUCUCUCGUGUCGUUUAAGGGAAGGUUAUGCAAUCAAGCAAGUAAACAUAGCUGAUGAUCAAAUACAGCUGAUCCUAGUUCUGCCCUGGAAAUACUCAAUUUUCAUAGAAUAUCAUAUAAGAGCAGCUUGGCCACCAACCCAGUCCACUGUCUAUACAGAAGUAUGGAUUGAGGCUACAUACCAGUUCUUGAAUGAUGUAACCAACGACAUAAACAGGCAGUUUCGAUCCAAGUACAGGCAGCGCAUGGUUGCCAAGUAUUGGACUACCCUACAGCACCUUCGAGAAACUGACAUGCUGUUAGUGGGGCUCCAGUCCUUUGCAUCUAGUCCUACAUUUUACACCAUACCUGACUGUGUGAAAAAUGGGUACCCAGUCUUUGAUCUGAACCCUGGUAACAACAACCCCAUCUCAGCUGCAGCUAGUGACCAGUUUCCCCAGUUUACAAACUUCUGGAAGCCAGUGUGUAUGCUUGAUAUCAAUAUCUGGCAGAAGUGGAUGCACACGCACCGCAUAGGAGUUAUUGUAGAGCACGACCAUCCGUUACCCAAGAACCUCCAUGUCCUCCAUGUCACUAGCACCAGUGGGAGAUAUGGGAUGGUACAGUGCCGUCAAGGGGAGCUGGCUCUCACUACACUACUUGCCAAAUGGUGUGACUUUGUACUGAUUGAGAACCAUUCCUACAUAAAAUUCUUGUACAAGGAUGAUGAUCGAGAGAAGCCACCCAUGUCUUUCUUUGUGGUUCGCAUAACAUCGAAACCUCCCCCUUGUCUUGUUAUUUGGCUGGCUUUCCUGGGAGGAACGGCUGGUCACCUCAGGAAUCAGACUGUAGGACAACUUACCAAGAAAAUCCAAGAGCUGACCUAUCCUUCUCGUAUGGGUUUUACAGACCGGAGCAAGUCUCUUACUCCCGUCCCACAGCAGGACAAGGAUAAUGAAUGUGGGGAGUCAGCCAUGACAGCCUCGGCAGAGCUGAGACCUGUUGGAGUGCGUCCCCCUCUAACUCGAGUGGCGUCAAACAUCCCCUGUGUGGUCAUCACGCACAAGCCGAUUGAGAAAAUCCUAAUAUGGUAUGAGAAGAUGCCAAGCAACUUGCUCAGUAGCAUUGUGCAAGAGACUCCCAUAAGUCCUUCAACCAAGUCAAUCUAUGCAAAACUGGGUACCACAAAGUCAGCCACGAACAACAUGGCUCUCCUGUCUCGCUACCUCCACCACAGGAGAUGGAUUUGGUCAGUGCAGGCACCAAAUGCACCAUCAGUCUCACUUAAUGCUGUGGCCAGAGUUCUGCAUACUCUCACCAGAAUCAGGCUGCAAGAAGGCUUCAAGUUUGCACAUUCUUGCAAUGGAAUCAUCACUAUGGUUCGGGAAUUUGACAUGAAAUUGGAACUUCGCGAGGGUGAAGACGAGGGUUUGUUAGAGUCCACUGAGGAGGGCAGGCAGGAGACCUUCCCUUGUGUGGCGCAGUAUGUCAUUUUCCCGCCACAUGUCACCAAUAGCUCUAGGGACAGCAUUGUAGAUGAAGACUGGGAAGAAGGAGACAGUGUAGAAGCAGACGGAGAGUUGCAGGUUGUGACCGAGUGUUGGGUGGAGCCUCAGAAUGGGGCAGUUACAACACCCUCACCUCAUGCCUCCCAUUACCACAACUGCAACUAUCGACAGCUUGCUCAGGCAUUCUAUCCAGUGGACCAGGAAUGCAUUUGGGGUCUGCUGACUUUGGAACAGCUGCUGCUAAUGUGCCAGAGUGCGCCUCUCCCUGCUGGCCCGGGACUUGCAGAACUGCGACCUCCCCUGACAGAGGCCAAUCAGGACCUCCAACCAAGGAUCUCACAAGUGCCAUUCACAUUUGACCUUAUUAGGCUCCUGCCCAAGUGUCAGCAAGUGGAGCUGCUCGUGUCAACUUACGUGCAAGAUUUGUUCACAAGUCUCAUAAAAAGAGUUACUUUUGGAGGUGAGACUUCUGGUAUUGAUGAAGCAAACCAGAUAGCCUAUUCUCUCUUACUGGAACACCUGAGUCAGCUGCACCACGAUCGAGAGUUCCGCCUGAGCACAGCAGACUUACAAGCCUUGCCCAAGAUGCUCCGGGAUCGCCAGCGCUCUCAUAAUGCCCAGCCAUCACCGUUUAUCAAUACUAGUGUUGGUAGAAUGAGUGACCCUCCAAAAUGGCGUUGCUUCCUGAAGGGAGUUUCUAAUAGCCACCUGCUGAUAACUCUGCUUCCUGCAUCCUAUCACGACCUGAAGCUCCUGCUUGUGAAACGGGCAAAUAUCUCUGAUGCCUCAAAUAAAGCUAUUAGACUUAUACCUGGCUCAGAGAACAUUUUAGACUUAGACACUGAGACAAACACUACUGAUCAGCCACAGGGGGGAGUGACAUCAGAGCAGCAAGUGUCCUUAGAGAGUAGUAACUCCUCCUUGACACAUCUAACAUCCCCAAGCCUUCCACCUCCAACCCCUACAAGCAGUCGGUCAUCAACCAUGUUUGUGGAGAGUGGAGACAACAACACCCCAAGGGUCAGGUACCGUUCAGGACCAGUGCCUCCUACACACUCGCAGCCAGUGCAGCAAAUCAUCUCAGACUCCAUACGUGAACGAGCCAGUUCAUUCCAUGUAAGCAGGGAUCGAUGUAGUUCCUUUGGUCAGAGUGAGUCAGUAGCAGAGAGGAACAGAACUGGAUCCAUUGACUCGCCCACAAAAGAGCCACAGUGCGAUCCUCCCCCGGUGGCUUCACCCACAGACCAUGCUAGGAAAAUAUACAUAUCCAUGCCAUCAAAGUCACACACGGGCAUCUUUGAUGCAUCGAGCAAAAGCAUGUCAACGGAGGCUCUAAGAAGCGAUGACAGUUGCCUUCCUCUACACCUCAGAGGCCAAGGGGCUGUAAAUGAAUGUGAUGGUAUCUGCAGAGUCCCUAGUGCUGAUGAGAGCGUGAGUGCUGUGCCAGCAUCGCCUUGUCACAAGCCACUAUUUGGUGCAGUUAUGCUUCCUAUCUACAUCUAUGACUGCAAGUUGAGUAGUAUUACCACACAGCUCGUUAACAGAGAGGAGCGCUGCAAUGUGGUUGGCAAGGACAUCUAUGUUGAUUCCACAUUUAAAUUGGAAUCGGAUGUGGUGGAGGACACUGUGCCUUUAAAAGAUGAACCCCCGCCUGCUUCUCUCAACAUCCAGGAGGACCUAAAGCAGCCAAGUCCAGAACCACGAUCCGAGGAGUCUGAUGUUGGAGGUACUGAUUCAAGUUGUCUGCGGGCCCAUAUGGAGGCAAUAGAAGUAUGUCACCUUCGAAGCUUUGUUCUUGGUGUUUUCCAAGCACUUCAGAAAGACCUUAUUGUCCAUUCACAUGACGUGCAAGCUGCUCUUGAUCACUGCCAUGAAUCAGUCAUGGAAAUUGAAAUUACUCACUUUCUUCAAACUAUAUGUGGGCAUCUUCGAGACUUCCGUCUGCGCAUGAAUUUGGAGCAGAUGCAUCAGUGUCGACCUGAAUCAGUUUUAGUACCAGAAGCAGAUGAUGCGAAUCAGUCUAGUAAUGUGAAGGACAUGAAGAAGGACAGCCAAGAACCACCAUUUUCACCAGUGCCAUCGAGUACGAAAAUUAGCAGUGGCAGCAGUCGCAGCAAUAAGUUCCCCCUCUCCCUUUUAAAGCUCCACCUACCAUGCCGUGACUUGCAGCAACUCCAUACAAGCAUCAAGGAGAGAUUCACAACCAUUCUUCAAGGUUCCUUCCGGCCAGUCCCGUCGCUUCCAGAGUAUUACUAUUUUUCUCCUCGCACUCUUCAUCACUCGAGUGAGGGAACACCAGUUGGGGAGUUCAUCUAUGUCUCUGGCCAGGACCUUGAACACUGGGACCAGGCUCAGCUUGACCUGACGAAGCAUCGAAAAUUGCGAAGAGUAUCUGUCAGCAAGAAGUCGGAUGUAUUUACUGAAGGCGAAGAGGAACUGGAAGAUGAGACAACUGUAAAUGGUGCAGAGGAAGACGAUGAUGAUGAUGACGAUGAAGUUGGGGAAGAGGAAGAAGACCACGACAAAAGCAUAGAGUUUCGAUCAGAAGUAGGAAGCAGCGUUUAUCGCCGUCUGCACAGCCAGCUAACAGCUUUUGAGGGUGAUGAGGAUAAGACCUCUGUCAUUAGCGAGCGAGAUGAGGACUUAAGCACGGUGCCAGACCACAUGGAUCUGGGCGAUGGGCCAAUACCACCUCUCUUCCUUCACCUUACCUGCACAGUGUAUCUGGCAGGUCAUGUCCAGUCUACCAUCUCGGUUAAAUGUCUCCCAACGUGCUUAGAUGAAGUAGUCCGCUGCCUGAGUAGCACCGAAGUGGACUUAUCAUCAGUAACCAUGACCUUGGAUGUGCUGUGUAUGACUCUUCCCCCUGCCCUAGCGACCACAGACACAAGUGAAACAGUUGCAUCGUUACUGGAUCUGAGGUCCAAUCGCACCACCAGCUUCUGCUCAACGGCUUCACCACAACUGAGGAGAGGAAGGACGAUAUCGGAAUCAACCUGCGCAUCCAUGACAGAUGUAGAUGAGUCGUAUAUUGAAGAUGAGGAUCAACUUGCACACCUGCCAAACAGCCAGUAUCAGGCCAUUGUAACAACAGUAGAUGAGAUUAAAUGGCUGCUCCGUGAUGAAAUAGCAUCAUCUAUGUUGCAUAGUUAUCCACUCACAGAGCAAAUGCUGGACAUGGUGGCAGCUCAUGUUGAGAGCUCACAGAAGCCAAGAAACUGCAUAUCGGAAUCAAUUGCCUUGAACUUUGUGUGUGGUAUGGAGCAGAGCAAGGAUAAGUUCAUGCAGGAAUUUGGAAGACUGAGUGUUAAUGGUCACCACCUACAGCAGGAAGGAAAUCUGUAUUACUUAGUUCAAGACAAGACACAAAUUAGAAGGCGGCACUUCUCAUCUUUGGUGCCACCUCUAGGCUUCAAGAAUCAGUUUCUCAUUGUGAGACCACAUCCUCAUGCAGAUGACACAGCUCAGUUGAGGCAAAUGGAGAAUGUAUGUCAGAUGAAUAAAGUCAGUCUAUCAUCUCCAGAUGUGCUCAAAAGUCCUCCAACCAAAAUACAGGCAGCAAAAGUUUCAUUUGAUACUGAAUCAUUUUUAGGGGAAGGUGAAAGUAGUUUACGAGCAGAUGGGUCAGAGAAAGAGAAAUGGGUUCGGCGGAGAGAAAGGAAGGAGAGAAGAGACUCAGAAAGAAGAGGAUCUGUUAACUCUUCUGACUCAGACUCAGAUGAUAACCACAUGAGAGGUAAUUUUUCACGAGAAUCUUCCCAUCAGCCAUCCGAUAUGAGAGUCCGUUCCUAUGAGUCUCCAAAGAAGAGUAUUAUCCUACCUGCUGAUUUGUCUGUAUCCAAAUUAGAAGAAGUUCUAAGUAAAGAUGAUGAGGUCCCUGUCAAGCAACCAGAGACCACAGCUGUAGCAAUCACAGAGAACAGAACUGUAAAACGGCAGGAUGCUUUACCUUCGGAAGAUGCAGAAUAUUUGCUCCCACAGCAAAAAGAUAAGGAAACAGGAGAGGAAAUCAACAUUUACAGCAUGGAUAAUGCACCUUUGGAAGAGCAAACAGGUAGUUCACUUAGCAUGCCAAAAGACAUUCAGAUUUCAGAUUUAGCUGGUCUCUCGGAUGAAACAGCAAAGCCAAUAGUAAUAAGUGACUGAUUGAAGUUAAAGGUAUGGCCCCCAAAGAGGAGG